AUGUUAUCAAUCCCCCACACAAUCCCAUCCCAAACAGCCUUUUUCAAUCCUACCCCUGAUACCCACCAAUCAAGAUUUUCCAAUUUAGCGAGGGUUCCUAUUUCUGGCAUUAAUCGGGCCGCGCGUGCGGUUAAAGCCGUCGCGAAUCAAAGCAGGGGUGAACGCAAAAUUGAUCAUACGCAGAGGCCUCAUAAGCAGCAGAUUCAGAAAAGACCAGCUCAAGUUGUUCCAAUUGGUUUAUGGGACAGAUUCCCUACAGCAAGAACCGUGCAGCAAAUGAUGGAGACGAUGGAGAGAAUAAUGGACGAUCCUUAUGCGUAUAAUAGCCAGAGACUAUCCCAGACUGACGAUGUGGGCUACCGAAGGGGAAGAACUCCAUGGGAGAUCAAAGAAGCCGAAAAUGAAUACAAGAUGAGAUUCGACAUGCCUGGAAUGACCAAAGAGGAUGUUAAAGUUUAUGUCGAGGAGAAAAUGCUGGUCGUGAAGGCGGAGAAGAAGGACGAUGAGGAAGAGAGAAACGGUGAGUGGACAGCUAAGAGUUAUGGGAGGUACAGUACUAGGAUUGCUUUGCCUGAGAAUGUGGAGUUUGGGAAAAUUAAGGCCGAGGUUAAAGAUGGUGUUCUGUACAUCACUGUACCUAAAGCAAGUAGCAAUGCUAAGGUUUUUGAUAUCAAUGUGGAGUGA